AUGAUUGAUAUAAAAUGGCCUUUUUCUACACAUGCGGACUUUGACGGACAAAAAUUAGCUGAAAGACUAUUUCAACUGAUUAUCAUUUUGUUCGCUAGUAUUGGGUUUUUUGGUGCUUACGUUUUGCAACAAUUUAGUAUAGCAGUCUAUAGUGUUCUUUUCGGAGCUUUUAUUUCCGUUUUGUUCAUAUUACCACCUUGGCCAAUAUAUCGUAAGAAUCCAAUUGAAUGGCAAACAGAUAUGAAUUCAAGUAAAGAAAAUAAAAAUAAUUCGUCAGGCAACUCGUCGAAGAAGGAUGUUCGCAAAUUGAAAACCAAGAAAGAUGAAUAG